AUGGCACUUGAGAAUGAGCCGUUUGUCCUAAGGAGUAGGCGGCGGCAGAGAUCGCUCCCCCAAUCCUCAAGCGUUGGAAGAGACCUCUGCCCAAUCAACCUUACCGAAACGGAUAAAAUAUAUACCGAAACGGGCAGUCCGUAUCAUCUCUGUGAUUACACAGCGAUGAGAUACAUCGUUGUUGUCGCUUUGUUCGGUUGCACGUUGGCGAUGCGGCAACAGGCUGUGGCUGUUUCCGGAAAGCUAAUGUGUGGAAAUCAACCAGCUGCCGGAGUAAAAGUCAAACUGUGGGAUGAGGAUGACGGACCUGACCCAGACGAUGUGCUGGAUGAAGGAUACACGGAUUCCAAUGGCGCUUUCCAUCUCAAGGGUUCCGAAAGAGAGUUGACGAACAUUGAUCCGGUCUUCAAAGUUUACCAUGACUGUGAUGAUGGCAUCAAGCCCGGUCAACGAAAAGUCAAGUUCCGCAUUCCUGACUCCUACAUUUCUUCGGGAGGAGUAGCGAAGAGAGUCUUUGAUAUUGGCGUCCUCAAUCUGGAGACAAUAUUCCCUAAAGAAGAGCGCGAUCUUCUGUAA